CGGGGCGGAACCUUGUUGUGGCGGUGAGCAACAGGAAGCCCUGAAGGGUCAAAAGAAAUACAAAAGCAAAGGCUAUUUCUUUUCUUAGUUUUCGUUCUUUCUUUUUUUUCCUAAAGAGCGAGCGGCCUUUGCGGUGGCGGUUUGGGCUGGGCGCCGCCGCCGUGAGGGAGUCUUGCCUCCCGCAUUCUGGUAGAUUGAUUCUGUCAUUAUGGAUGGAGGGGAUGAUGGUAACCUUGUUAUCAAAAAGAGGUUCGUGUCUGAGGCAGAACUAGAUGAACGGCGCAAGAAGAGACAAGAAGAAUGGGAGAAAGUUCGAAAACCGGAAGAUCCAGAAGAAUGCCCAGAGGAGGUUUAUGACCCUCGGUCUCUGUAUGAAAGGCUACAGGAACAGAAAGACAGGAAGCAGCAGGAGUAUGAAGAGCAGUUCAAAUUCAAAAACAUGGUAAGAGGUCUGGAUGAAGAUGAGACCAACUUUCUUGAUGAAGUUUCUCGGCAGCAGGAACUUCUAGAAAAGCAACGGAGAGAAGAAGAACUGAACGAACUGAAGGAAUACAGAAGUAAUCUCAACAAGGUUGGAAUUUCUCCAGAAAACAAGAAGGAAGUGGAGAAGAAACUGGUUGUGAAACCCAUGGAAACCAAGCACAAGUUCUCCCAGGCAAAGCUAUUGGCAGGAGCUGUGAAGCAUAAGAGCUCUGAAACUGGCAACAGUGUGAAAAGGCUGAAAUCGGAGCCUGACCCGGAUGAUAAGAAUCAAGAAGCCCCGGCCUGCGUGUCUCUCGGAGCCCCGCCCCUGAGCGGCCCCUCCAUCCACUGCCCCUCUGCUGCGGUGUGCAUCGGCAUCCUGCCGGGCCUGGGCGCUUACUCCGGGAGCAGCGACUCCGAGUCCAGCUCAGACAGCGAAGGCACCAUCAACGCCACCGGCAAGAUCGUCUCCUCCAUCUUCCGAACCAACACCUUCCUCGAGGCUCCCUAGCUCCCACGCCCUUUCCUGGGGACCCUCCAGAGUUUGCCGGACAGCGCACUGUGCCUGCAGGCAGCAUUUCCCUCAGAAAACUCCUUUGCCUGCUUUCUGUGCACACGUGACCUUUCUAACCUCAUCUAAAAUGUGCCAGGAUCCACUUGCGGCCGACUUGUACUCGGUGUUUCUUUCCACUCGUGUGCAGGCGCCCAGCCCCGUCCUACUGCCUCUCUCCUCACUGGUGGGUGGGUGGGGGCCGGGCCCUGGGAAGAUGGGCCCAGCUGGCUUGCAGAGGGGCCGGGCUAGAAGGUUCCUUGGCCUGGCUUUUGGUUUUUUCUUGCCCCACAGCGAAAAGGAGCCAGGCCGGGGGUUGAAUCGGUGUCCAUUAAACGUCCUACCCUAGGAGGACACGUCAUUUGGUGAAACUGCGUGGGGGGGGGGAGGCAAGUGACCCAGCUGACUAAGUGGCGUGUCCCCUGGAACUCACCCGUUCUUGAUGUUGUGUGACUAAGUAAAGAUUGUGACCCGCACCUGC